AAUUAGGGUUGCCCCUUUCUCGUCCAGGAGAGGCGAUCCCAUGCGCUAGGGAGCUCAUCGAUCCACAUUGUGAGUGUUGUUGUGCCGUGCCGCGCGCGCUGGUCGGUUGAUCGAUCGCCUGGCGAGUCAAAGCCCUAGCGCGGCGAUGAUGGACGGCAGCGGCGGCCAUCCCCUGGAUCCAGAUCGCAGGUACUCGGUGGAGAGCUUGACCAUGGAUCCUCUCCUAGCUGACAGGGACGAGGAGGAAUCCAGCCGGUCCAAUUCCAACAGCACCUAUAGCUUGGUCGCGUCGCCGGUGGAUCCUCUUGCUCAUCCGCUGGGCCGCGAGGAUUCCCAGGAAGAAGAGCUAGAAUUCUCCAAGGAAACCAACGACGACGACGACGACGACGACGACGACAGAUUGGAAGAUGCUUCUUCGGCUACAAUCACGAGCACUGCCGGGGGGGAUCGAUUGAUCCACCAGCUGCAAUCCAGCUCCGAGGGAGAAUUCUUAAACAUCAUCGUCACGCAGCCCCAGAAGGAGGCCGAUUCCGCGAGCUCGCUCAUCCCAGGUGGGAGCUACUUCGUGACUUAUCUCGUCAGCGCUAGAACAAACAUGCCAGAGUAUGGGAAGAGCGAGCACAACGUGAGGAGGAGAUUCAAGGACAUCGUUGCUCUUGCCGAUAGCCUGGUGGAGAAGUACCGUGGCUAUUUCAUCCCGGCCCGGCCAGACAAGAGCAUCGUAGAGAGCCAGAUCAUGGACAAGCACAACUUCAUUGAGCAGCGGCGGCUGGGGAUCGAGCGCUACUUGCGCCGGCUGGCCUCUCACUCAGUGUUGAGAAAGAGCGAGGAGCUCAGGACUUUCAUAGUUUCCAAGGCCAAGCUCCAGAUGGUUCCGACGCUGGAUGUGGCGUCGAGGAUGCUCGACGGUGCUGCCAAGCUUCCACGGCAGCUCUUUGGCGAUGGCCCGGCGGCAGUGAAUCCGCAGGAGGUGGUGCACUCUGCGAAAGGUGGCAGGGAUUUGCUGAGACUGUUCAAGGAGCUCAGGCAGUCUGUGACGAAUGACUGGGGUGCAAGCAGACCUCCCGUGGUUGAGGAGGACAAGGAGUUUGUGGAGAAGAAGGAGCAUCUCCGAGAGUGUGAGCGGCGGCUAGCUCAUGCUUCACAGCAGGCUGAUGCAUUCACCAAGGCUCAGAAAAAUCUUGCCUCCGUGCUGGGGGAUGUGGGACUUUCGUUUAUGAAACUGGCCAAGUUGGAAACGCAGCAGGCACCCAAUAAACCGCAUGGAGCAGACGUGCGGCGCCUAGCUACCGCAGUCGUGAGAUCGAGCAGAGGCCAAAGAGCAUCAAAUGCGCAAGCCGAAAGACAUCUGGACUAUCUUCACGAGCACCUUGCAGUACUGCAGUCGGCUCAAUACGCAUUUGCGGACCGCGACAAUGCGCUGCUAACUGUGCAGACUUUGCUAUCGGAUAUCUCUAUGAUGCAUGCACGCGCUGAAAAGCAUAGCGCUGCGGCGUCAAAAGUUUUUGGAGGGGAUAAAGGCAGGAACAAGAAGAUCGACGAUUUGAAAGACUCUAUAAGAAUGACUGAGGAGGCCUGUGAGUGUGCUCAACAAAAGUACAACCAAAUCAAGGAUCACAACCGGACAGAGAUUGAGCGUUUGGAAGCAACAAAGCAAAGCGAAUUUUUUAAUAUGAUUCACGGGUUUGUCCAGUCUCAGGUCGGCUACGCUGAGAGAAUUGCAAAAGAAUGGACCCGAGUAGCGGAGGAGUCUGCUGAGUACUCCGGCAGGCGUGUAGAUUCGCCCAUUUUCAAAUCCAAUCUAUCGUUCCAUGGGAGAUAAAAACCAGGCAAAACAGGCACGUGGCAGCAUGCAAGAUAGCACAAGUGUCAAGUGCAUGGAUCUUAUUCCUUGAAGAAGGAAGAGCAAAAGAGGGUAGAGGAGGAAAACAAUCUAGCGUUGUAGCA